GGUAAAUCUAGGGAGACGAACCCGCCCCGCAAGCCUCGUUUUCUCCGCCUCCAGAUAUUCUUUCCCUUCCUGAAGUCUCUGCAUCCUCGUUAUUUCCAAAACAUUCCACAUUGGGCCUAAUUUUUCUCUGAAGAGUAUCUCUAUUGAUUCUUUAUUCAUCUUCAAUUGAUAUAAAGGUUCUGCAAAUCAAGGUGAUUGCCGGUUGAAAUGUGGUCCGUAUCAAACUUCAAUGCGUGCCGGCAGGGCCUGAUCGGAGCUGAAUUGCGCGAGAGUUCAACAUUUUUUCCGGCGAACCAUGGGAUGUUCAAAAUGAAAAUUUCUACAUCUGCGGAGAAGGUAGCUCUUAGGCAUUCUAGAAGGAAAAAUAAUGGCUCGAGUAUUCAGAUGACAUUGGUAGAUGAGAGACCUGCACAAAGAAAAGUUCUAGUGCCAUCUGAUGUAUUGGCAUAUGAUCUUGUUCAAGGGUCCAAAGUGAAAUGGAGCUAUAUCAUGGCUAAAUCCUUGCCUGAACCACCAACUGCAGUUCUUUUGCAUGGUAUUUUGGGUAGCAGGAAAAAUUGGGGAAGCUUUGCUCGCAGAUUGACCAAAGAAUUUCCAAAAUGGCAGUUUAUCUUGGUAGACUUGAGGUGCCAUGGUGAUUCAACGUCUAUCGAAAAGAAGAAACCACAUACUGUAGCCUCAGCUGCACUGGAUGUCUUAAAACUACUUGGGCAACUCAGACUCACUCCGAGGGUUGUCAUUGGUCACAGUUUUGGUGGAAAAGUGGCUUUGAGCAUGGUUGAUCAGGCUGCUAAACCACUUGCACGACCUGUGAGAGUUUGGGUUCUAGAUGCAACUCCAGGAAAAGUAAGAGCCGGUGGAGAUGGAGAUGAUCAUCCUGCUGAACUAAUAGCUUUUCUAAGUGCACUUCCAAAAGAGGUUUCUUCUAAACGAGAUGUUGUGGAAGCUCUUGUUAAGCAUGGCUUCUCCAAAGAUGUGGCACAGUGGGUGGUGACAAACCUUCGGCAAACCAACCUCCCCGGCACAUCCCCAUCAAGCUUUUCGUGGGUGUUUGAUCUUAAGGGGAUUGCUGAGAUGUAUCAAUCAUAUGAAGAAACAAAUAUGUGGAAACUGGUGGAAGAUGUGCCACGAGGUGUACAUGUCAGCUUUUUGAAGGCAGAGAGGAGUUUGCACAGGUGGGCACUUGAAGACAUUCGUAGGAUCCAUUCCGCAGAGGAGCAAGCUUACAAGGAGGGAGGUGGAGUAGAGAUGCAUGUUUUGGAAGAUGCUGGCCAUUGGGUGCAUGCUGAUAACCCUGAUGGUUUGUUCAAGAUCCUUUCCUAUUCUUUCCAAGGGUUUUAAUGUUUUGGAAGACCGGAGCAGUCUCGUCUGAUGGCGAAAAUCGUUCCUGCCUGAAAACAUUUCCAAUAAAAUAUUACUCUGUUUUAGUUUAUGUUAGAAAGUAGAUGAAAUUAUAUUUUGAUGUAUAGGUGUAUAACAAGCAAGAUGUGGUGCCAUAUUCAUUCAGGAUAUAGCAUUGUUUUUUGUACUUGGAAACUGUAAAGGGAGAGUAGCUUUAUGCUUCCUGAAGAACAAUUAUAUGUGCGCUCCUGUGUUUCCAUUGGGGCUUGUUUACUUUGGAUGGUAGAGAGUGAUAAUAUUAGAUUGACUGUUUUUAUCGAUUAAAUGUACUCCCUAAUU